CAACGCUUGCUCUGUCAAUCACUGUUUCAAGGAAACCCAAAGUCAUCAUGGCGCCAUCAGCUUUAGCAAGCUUCUAUCCAAUCCAUGUGAAGAACAGCAGCAAAUCGACAAUACAAGCUUCCGUCCUGCAUGGGCAGCGGGACCUGCGCCUCGAAACCAGAACGAUAUCCGAGCCGCUCCCCCACGAACUUCAAAUUGCCGUUAGAGCCACCGGCAUCUGCGGCAGCGACGUCGCUUACUAUAGCAAGUUCCGCAACGGAGACCUGCAAGCCGUCAGCCCGCUGUCGCUGGGCCACGAGUCGGCCGGCCUGGUCGUCGCCGUGGGCGAGGCCGUAACCGGCUACCAGGUCGGUGACCGCGUGGCGCUCGAGGUCGGUGUGCCGUGCGAUGAUUGCAGGUCUUGUCAGCGUGGCAGGUACAACCUCUGCCCGAAGAUGAGGUUCAGGAGCAGCGCCAAAAGCGUGCCGCACUUCCAAGGGACGCUGCAGGAACGCAUCAAUCAUCCGGCAAAAUGGUGUCACAAGAUCCCGGAGCAUGUUUCAUGGGAAUCUGCUGCGUUGCUUGAACCGCUAUCUGUCGCAAUCCACGCCACACGGCGUGCGGCUGUGGAACAGGGUGACACCGUCAUCGUCUUUGGUGCGGGAACAGUCGGCCUUCUGACUGCGGCCAUGGCGAAGGUGUCUGGAGCUACCACUGUCCUGAUCGCCGAUAUCGAUAUUGGGCGGAUAGAGUAUGCCCUCCGAAACGGUUUUGCUACCAAAGGUUAUGUCGUUCCUACAGGGCCUCAGGCGCGUGAGACCAACGACAAGUUUGCUGCUGCCAGAUCCAUCGCCGACGAGGUCUUCGAGAUAACAUGUGCAAGUGAACUGGAUGCCGAAGGCGCUGAUAUUACCUUUGACUGCACUGGAAAAGAGGUCUGCAUGCAGGCUGGCCUAUUCGCAACUAGGCCAGGGGGGAAACUCAUCAUGGUGGGCAUGGGCACACCAAUUCAGACACUGCCGAUGUCAUCGUCACAUUUGAAGGAAGUCGACAUCAUUGGCAUUUUCCGCUACGCCAACACAUACCCUAUCGGCUUGAAGGUCAUAUCUGCGGGAGUACUGCCCAGACUUGAUAUGAUGAUUACUCACCGCUUCAAAGGCCUCGAAGCAGCGAAGGAGGCCUUCGAACUUGCUGGAAAGACCAUGGAUGAAAAUGGGAACCUCGUGUUGAAGGUGCUGAUUGAGAACUGAGAAAGUUUCGUAACUUUUCAGACGCGGACGGCCUCGCCGGGAGCAAGGAGUAACUCCGUUGGUACGGAAAAUUUGUACUGUCCCAAUUGUUAUACCAGGAUCAUUUCAAAGGUUCCGUUGCUCUUAAACUAGCCAUUAAUGAGAUGCCAUACUCAGCGUGGUGGGUGCGUGGAGAGCAAAGGCCCGUAUUCCUAUAAAGCGUAUCCCGAGAGAAUGUGAAGUCUGAUGUUUGGUUCCAUUUAUUUCAAAGCUUUCCAAGGAAUA